UGUGUGUCUUUAAAAGAUUCCACCUCCCAGCCCGCCUCUCCCAGUUUGUCACUGGGUUUUGCAGUCUCCUGGUUUCUGCUGGCCAACCAAGAAGCCAGCAUGGACAAUCUCCCUUAUAGUUUCAGAAGCAGGCUUGUUGCCAUGGAGGCCACAUUCUGAGUUGAGGAGUGCAAAGGUAACCAUUUGUUUUUAGUUUCAAAGAUCUGCCUAGAAGAUUGGCUACUGCUUCUUCUGGAAGAAGAAGAGGCUGAUUGGUGCGAUUCCUUCAAGGGCUCAGCCCAAAGGGCUUUCUUCUAUUCCCUCACCCACUUCAAAUUAAAACUUGCCAAGAACCUCUGGAGGAAAAUCUGCCAGAUUCCAUCAUAUCAGACAAAUGGCUAAUCCUGGAGGUGGUGCUGUUUGCAACGGGAAUCUUCACAAUCACAGGAAACAGAAAGACAGUUCGCAAAGUGGAAACUGCACCAAGAACGGGAUAGUGAGAAAAGCCCAGCAAAAUGGGAAGCCACAUAUUUAUGAUAAACCAGUUAUUGAAUCUUUUGAAGAAGCACCUCUUCACGUUAUGGUUCUCACUUAUUUUGGAUAUGGAGUUGUAACCCUAUUUGGCUAUUUCAGAGACUUUUUGAGAAACUGGAGAAUAGAAAAAUGCAACACAGCUAUAGAGCGAGAUGAACAAAAAGAUUUUGUGCCAAUGUAUCAAAACUUUGAGAAUUUUUACAAACGGAACCUCUACAUGAGAAUCAGGGACAACUGGAACCGCCCCAUCUGCAGCGCCCCAGGGGCUCUGUUCGAUGUAGUGGAGAGAGUAUCGGAUGACUACAACUGGACGUUCAGGUUUACUGGAAGAAUCAUCAAAGAUGUCAUCAACAUGGGCUCCUAUAAUUUCCUUGGCCUGGCAGCCAGGUACGAUGAGUCAAUGAGGACAGUGAAGGAUGUCUUAAACACGUAUGGUUUAGGAGUGGCCAGCACCAGACAUGAAAUGGGAACCUUGGAUAAGCAUAAAGAGUUGGAGAGCCUUGUGGCUAAGUUCCUGAACGUAGAAGCAGCAAUGGUCUUUGGGAUGGGAUUUGCAACUAACUCCAUGAAUAUCCCUGCACUCGUUGGAAAGGGAUGCCUCAUCUUAAGUGAUGAACUAAACCAUGCAUCUCUUGUGCUUGGGACCCGGCUUUCAGGUGCAACUAUAAGGAUCUUCAAACACAACAACAUACCAAACCUAGAGAAGCUCCUGAGAGAUGCUGUGAUCUACGGCCAGCCGCGAACCCGCAGAGCCUGGAAAAAGAUUCUCAUUGUAGUGGAAGGCAUCUACAGCAUGGAAGGUUCCAUUGUGCGUCUGCCCCAGAUCGUGGCUCUAAAGAAGAAGUACAAGGCUUACCUCUACAUAGAUGAAGCUCACAGUAUUGGGUCCAUUGGUCCCACCGGCCGGGGUGUUGUAGAAUUCUUUGGAAUGGACCCAGGAGAUGUUGAUGUGUACAUGGGCACAUUCACCAAAAGCUUUGGAGCUUCAGGAGGUUACAUAGCUGGAAGAAAGGACCUUGUGGAUUAUUUACGAGUUUACUCACAUAGUGCUGUUUAUGCUACAUCCAUGAGUCCCCCGAUAGCAGAGCAAAUCAUCAGAUCAAUUAAAUUGAUCACAGGACUGGAUGGCACCAUGCAAGGAUUGCAGAGAAUACAGCAACUUGCAAAAAACACAAGAUACUUCAGACAGAGACUGAACGAAAUGGGCUUCAUCAUCUACGGCAAUGAGGAAUCUCCUGUAAUUCCUGUGCUCCUUUACAUGCCUGCUAAGGUGGCGGCUUUUGCAAGGCAUCUACUAAACCGAAAAAUCGGAGUGGUGGUGGUUGGAUUUCCAGCCACUCCCCUCGCAGAAGCUCGGGCCCGGAUCUGCAUUUCAGCCGCACACACGCGGGAGAUGUUAGACGCGGUGCUGGACGCCCUGGAUGAGAUGGGUGAUUUCCUGCAACUGAAAUAUUCCCGGCACAGGAAGUCAGCACGCCCUGAACUCUAUGAUGAGACAAGCUUUGAACUUGAAGAUUAAGUUUCCUAGUCCUGAAUUGGACCUAAAGACUUUGCCAGAAAGCCCUCCCUCCUUGCCUCAAAAGGAAUAUAAAUGGAUUUCUCCCCCUUUUUAAGGAUAAUUUUGGUUUCCAAACCAGCUUCAGUGAACUGAGAGAGACUUUGUGUUUUUAAUAUCUCCAACUAGGGACUGUGGAGACAAAAACGUGGUUCCAGAUUUUACUUUUCUACUCUCCCAGAUAUCCUGCUACAAAUACACACACACGCUCACGCGCGCGCGCACCCACACUUCUUAGAACAUUUUUAAUGGCAAUGAGGCUGUGUUAAAGUCAUUACUGUGCAACCUCUGUGGUCCAGACUCUUUCAGGAGUCCUAAACAAAUGAGAGGGUUUUGAUCUUUAAUUCAGUAGACCUCACUAUGGGUUUGCCUCUUUCGUCUGCAGACAUGGGCAGGGGUGGUGAGCAGUAGCUGACCUCAUUGUUUCAUCCCUGAAAGUACCAGCUAGCACUCAGCCGCAUCGUGGGAAGAUCCAGGCAGGAAGGUAAAGAAACGUUGCUUCUACCAUUUGCCACAUCUGGACUUUUUCCAAGGACAAGUGUCAAAAGCCAUAGUUAACAUUUUGAGGGAGAGAGCAGAACUAGCCAGCAGUGCCUAGAGAACUCUUUGAAGGAAACUUUCUUUUUCUUCAUGCUGGUCUCCUACAGUUUUAUAGCUGGGUUGUUGAGGUUUGGAAAAUUUAAGACUUUUGUUUCAUAAGGAAGGGUGCAGAAAGCAGGCACAAACCAAUUUUAGACCUAGACUAAGACUAUAAAGUUAUAACAACUUGAAUAUUGUUGGUGCCAUGUGGAGUGAAUGUUCAGCAGGCAUAGCCUUUAUUACUUUAAGAUACGAGUGGUUGUUUUCCUAUUGAAUUUUGGGUAAAUGGUGAGAUUCAAUUUCCUUUAGAGUUGACCCCCAAGACUACACUUGAAGAAUGUAUUGAUUCAAAAAUGGCAUUUAAAAGCAAAUUCUACUCAACUCUUUCAAGAAUGACACCCCCAUUCAGGCAGACUUGCCCACUAUCAGGCAAUUCACUGUAAUUUACUUGAGCUCUCUUUGUCUCUCUGUCUGUAUGUCUCUCUCUCUCUCUAAAUGUGAAAAUAAAGUUCUCUGGAAUAGUACCCCUUUGCUAAUGGGAUCUAAUUGGUAUGGAAAAAGCCAGUGGAAAGCCUUAUCUUUAUUUAACAAAUUCCCAGAUGGUGCCCAGAUUUGGAAACUCUAAAGAGCAGUGGUGACCUUUUAGCAAAGCUUCUGAAAUAGUUCAAAUGAGUUACAGAACAUUCCACUCCAUCAAGUAACACUAUAAACAAAUCACUUCAAGAGAGGUUUGACUUGGUGUGACACAGAUGGACCUAAACUUUCAUGCUGGGCAUUGAGAUAGAAAUUCAAUCCAAAGCACCGGUGUUGGAUGGAGCAAUAUGCCCUGAGCUUAUAGCUUAUUAAAGGAUAAAGGUGAUAAGUGUGGAAAGCUUUUUAUGGGGAAAUUAUAACCCCCAGUAGAUGUAACAGUUUGAAAGUGGAUCAUAAGUUCCUCAUGAAUAUUUGUAAGGAGUAUUCAUAGUGGAAGAGGAGAAGUGGGUUCUGAAAAGCUUCUCCAUCCAAUAACUGGUUUUGAUAACUAAACUCCAACUCUUCUCAAUGAACUGGUACAGCAUUACUUGUGCAAAGAAAAUAUAUGUUCUAUAAAUGUGCAAAUAAAAGGAAGAUAUGCA